AUGGCUGCCAGGUGGCUCUCAGGCACCAUGGCCGUGCUGGCUGCUAGGUGCCUCUCAGACCCCAUGGUCCAGCUGACUGCCAGGUGGCUCUCAGACCCCAUGGCCCAGCUGACUACCAGGUGGCUCUCAGACCCCAUGGCCCAGCUGGCUAACAGGUGGCUCUCAGGCCCCAUGGUCCAGCUAACUGCUAGGUGGCUCUCAGACCCCAUGGCCCAGCUGACUGCCAGGUGGCUCUCAGACCCCAUGGCCCAGCUGGCUAACAGGUGGCUCUCAGGCCCCAUGGUCCAGCUGACUGCAAGGUGGCUCUCAGACCCCAUGGCCCAGCUGACUGCCAGGUGGCUCUCAGGCCCAUGGUGGCUCUCAGACCCUAUGGCCCAGCUGGCUAACAGGUGGCUCUCAGGCCCCAUGGUCCAGCUGACUGCCAGGUGGCUCUCAGACCCAUGGCCCAGCUGGCUAACAGGUGGCUCUCAGGCCCCAUGGUCCAGCUGA